CGUCGAAGAGCAGUGCUGGCUUAGCAGAGUGUCGGAAUAGAUUCAAAAUGGCUAGAGGGUUGAAGAAGCAUUUGAAGAGGCUUAAUGCCCCCAAGCAUUGGAUGCUGGACAAACUUGGAGGAGCAUUUGCUCCCAGGCCAUCAUCUGGACCUCACAAAUCUAGGGAGUGUUUGCCAUUGAUUCUCAUCUUGCGAAACAGGUUGAAAUAUGCUCUCACUUUCAGUGAGGUCAUUGCCAUUUUGAGGCCACGGCAUCUUCUAGUUGAUGGAAAGGUCAGGACAGAUAAAACAUACCCUUCAGGAUUCAUGGAUGUUGUCUCCAAUCCCAAAACAAAUGAGAACUUCUGUCUCCUUUAUGAUACCAAAGGUCGGUUCCGUCUCCACUCAAUAAGGGAUGAAGAGGCUAAGUUUAAGCUCUGCAAAGUUCGAUCUGUGCGGUUUGGGCAGAAAGGUAUCCCAUACCUAAACACUUAUGACGGGCGGACCAUCGGCUAUCCCGACCCACUUAUCAAGGCCAACGACACCUUCAAGCUUGACCUCGAGAGCAAGAAGAUCACCGACUUCAUCAAAUUCGAUGUGGGGAACGUGGUCAUGGUGACUGGAGGGAGGAACAGGGGACGUGUUGGAGUCAUAAAGAACAGGGAGAAGCACAAGGGUACCUUUGAGACUAUCCACGUCCAGGAUGCUACUGGGCAUGAAUUUGCAACUCGUUUGGGCAAUGUGUCACCAUUGGCAAGGGAACAAAACCAUGGGUAUCAGUUCCUAAGGGCAAGGGUAUCAAGCUGUCUAUUAUUGAAGAGGCUUGCAGCUCAAGCAGGGGCUACUGCCUAA